AGUCAGUGAGGACUAUCAUGGCGGAUGCAGGGCAGGCUGAAUCAGAGCAGGACAUCGAAAGUAAGAUUGAAGCAACACGACAGAGGUUUAAAAGCGAGUUUGUUGAAGGAGAGUCUUCUUCAGAUCACUAUGACUCCAGAGACGUGGAGAAACUCUUCAGAGAGGACAGUCUGGUGGAGAGCUACCUCACCUGGAGACACUUUGAGGUGGAAGACGCCUUAAAAAUGAUCGAUGAGAGCUUUCGUUGGAGAAAAGAGUUCAACCUCAAUGACCUCACAGAGAACAGUAUUCCCCCGUGGAUGUUUGAGACCGGUGCCGUCUACCUGCACGGCUACGACAAAGAAGGAAACAAACUCUUCUGGUUCAGAGUGAAGCUUCACGUUAGGGAUGCGAAGACGAUACUGGACAAGAAGAGAUAUGUGGCGUUCUGGUUGGAGCGGUACGCCAAACGUGAGCCUGGAAUGCCACUGACUGUGGUGUUUGACAUGUCUGAGUCCGGCAUCAGCAACAUCGACAUGGACUUUGUCAAGUAUAUCAUUAGCUGCUUCAGAAUCUACUAUCCAAAGUUUCUUUCCAAAAUGAUCAUGUAUGAGAUGCCGUGGAUCAUGAACGCUGCCUGGAAGAUCGUGAAGACAUGGCUGGGUCCUGAAGCCAUCGGUAAACUCAGGUUUGUCUCCAAGAGUGACAUCCAGACGUUUAUUGACCCUGAACACCUUCUACCGCACAUGGGCGGGACGGACCAGUUUAAAUACAGUUAUCCUCCUCUGCCUGAUGAUGAUUUCCAGUCACCCAUCUGUGAGAACGGUCCAGUGAUCAGUGAGGAUGAGAGUGACGUCAAGGACAUUGAAUCUGAGUCUAAAGAGACCCUGGAGUCCAGCUUCAGUUCUGAUCAGAACAUCAAACCCAAGAAGGUGAACUUUCAAGAGGAAGGUCAGAGGUCGGAUGAUCUUGACAGAAGUGAAGGAACUGGUCGACUCCGAGGCGUCAGAAAACCUACAACCACUUUCAAAGGCACCUUACUGCACAUCGGUCCAGCAGAAGAGCUCAGCUUUGGUGCUAAAGAAACCGAGAAGAAAUGUUCCAUCGUCCUCAACAACGUCACCAAAAACCACGUGGCUUUCAAGGUGCGGACGACGGCUCCAGAAAAAUACCGCGUCAAACCCAGCAACAGCAGCUGUGAACCCGGCGCAAGUGUGGAUAUUGUGGUGUCGCUUCAUGGAGGGUUCCAGGCGUCGCCGCAGGACCGGUUUCUGGUCAUGGCUGCUGAGAUGGACGCAAACACUGGAUCUGCUCUUCCUGAUCUGGCUCAGUUCUGGAAAGAAGUUCCCAAAAGCAAAGUCAUGGAGCACAGGUUACGCUGUCACGUCCUGGAGAGUCCAAAGUCUUUUCUCGUUAACUCCUUUGAGAAUUCAUCAGUCACAGCCGCCAACGAGCAUCACGAUCUGCAGACCACGCUGCUGCGCGUCAUGGCCACAACCUCUCGUCUGGAGCAGAAGCUGGACGCCUGUCUGUGGCUACAGAAGGUUCUUGUGGUUCUGGUGUCGUUUCUGUUGGCUCUCAGCUUCAUCACGUCUUCCUCACUGUGGGGGUCAUGAAGCAGGUCUCGAGAUCAGAAUCCAGAUGCUCAGACUUCAGCGUGGAGACGGCCUCCAUUUGAUGGGUUUAGCGUGAUAAAGGACCAGCACACAUGGACAGAAUGUUGCCACAUCGCUCUGGUCCACAUCUACACCAGACACUCGGCGAAAAGCAUCUUUUAUCACUCGCGGAUUAAACCAAGAGAAGUUUAAUUUAUAAAACAUGUUGUGAAGAGAUCAUGCAAAUGUAAUUUACUCUGAUUUUUAUAUAUAGUAUUUUAUAAACGCAUGAAUAUAUGAAGAAAAAACAACACUGUCAUGUGCCUUUUCUUAAUGUUAAUGUUAACGAUGAUCUCACACAUUCCUCAGACCCACACCAUCAUGAUCGAUUGUGAUCGUAAAGUAUUUCUAAUUUCUCCUCUAUAACACGUGUCGUAUGUGGGGUCACAGAUGGUUUUCCAGCGAGCACUCAUUCAUUCGUCCACACUGAAAGCACAAAUUCUUCAUGACAUGAUGUGUAAUGUGUGAUUACAUUCUGGAUUGUCCUGUUCUCCAUCAGCACCGGCUGAUGUCAGCUGUCAGGUUUUCCUCGAGUCUGAAUCAUGAACCAGUGAACCUCAUGUUCUGAAGGUUGUGUGACCUAUGAACUCAAAUCACUGUUCUCUCAGUAUCAGCAUUUCUACAACUCUGUUUACUGUGUUUCAUUCAUGUGAUCCACAGUGUAUUUGAAUCAGUUGUGUCUUUGUUUGGAAUCCCAUGACCCUAAUUCUGGGAAAUUCAUUUUCACUAAACCAUUUCUAAACCUCUUGUGACCACCCAACUGUGGACGUAAUGACUAAAGG